AUGGACAGAUUUUCUUGGACAAACGGGCUCCUGGAAAUUGAUGAAACUUUAGUAAUUACGCAAAGAGGAGUCCGGCUGUAUGACGGUGAUGACAAGGCAAAAAUGGAAGUUGGAGUUGUCCUGUUGAGCACACACCGGUUGAUCUGGAGGGACACCAAGAACCACGAAUGUUGCAUAGCCAUUCCUCUGUCUCAGAUCAUCUUCUUUGAGGAGCAGGCUGGAGGAAUAGGAAAGAGUGCAAAAACAGUUAUCCAUCUGCACCCUUCACCUCCCAACAAGGAGCCGGGACCCUAUUCGCAAAGUAAAUACUCAUAUAUAAAACUUUCCUUUAAGGAACAUGGACAGAUUGAGUUUCACAGAAGACUAACAGAAGAAAUCACCAAGAAAAGAUGGGAGAAUACACCUGUUUCACAGCCCAUUCCUACAGGAACUGGACUUCAGGCAGGAAGGACGCGUGCAGUGGGUAUCGUUGGGAUUGAGCGUAAGAUCGAGGAGAAAAGAAAAGAAACGGACAAAAACAUUUCCGAGGCCUUUGAAGACCUCAGUAAGCUGAUGGUAAAGGCCAAAGAAAUGGUGGAGCUGUCCAAAUCUAUUGCCAACAAGAUCAAAGAAAAGCAAGGAGACAUAACAGAGGAUGAAACCAUACGCUUUAAAUCCUACCUCUUGAGCAUGGGCAUCGCAAACCCGGUUACCAGGGAAACUCACGGUUCGGGCACACACUAUCAUAUGCAGCUUAGCAAACAACUGGGAGAUAUGCUCCAGGCUCCUUUAGAGGAGCGCGGCGGAAUGAUGGCUCUCACUGAGGUGUACUGUCUCGUUAACCGAGCACGAGGGAUGGAGCUUUUAUCCCCAGAAGAUUUGCUAAAUGCCUGCAAAAUGUUCGACUCCCUGAAGCUCCCUCUGAAGUUGCGAGUGUUUGACAGUGGUGUGAUGGUGGUCCAGCUGCAGUCUCACAGUGAAGAGGAAAUGAUUGCCUCAGCUAUGGAUAAUGUUGCUGAUAAAGGCUCAUUGACGGCUGAGGAGUUUGCAAAACUCUUGGGUCUCUCUGUGCUUCUAUCCAAAGAACGGUUGCUGCUUGCUGAAAAGAUGGGCCAUCUGUGUAGAGAUGACUCUGUUGAAGGACUGAGAUUCUACCCAAACCUGUUUUGAAGAUUUACUAAUAUGAUUGAUGCAUAUUUUAAAGAAGUCACCCUGUUUUGACAAUAAUUUUCCAGAUCUUGUUCAGCUUUGAAGUCAGUCUGGUUAUGAUACAAACUUUUAUAUGUUCAUUUGGUGCAUUUAUAGUUAUUUUCUUUUGUGUUUUUCUAUUUCUCCAUCUCAGAUUGAGUUUUUCUUACCAAUACAUAUUCUGACUUUUAUUUUCUAACAUAUUUAAAACAAAAUGUUUGCAUUCCUUCAUCCUUCUGAUGAAUGAACUGUUCUGUGGUUGCAACAAAAAUUCUUCAAGAUUAAAAAAAUUUAAGGUUUCAAAGCAUAUACCUCUUUUAUAAGCAAAAAAAAAUGUUAUGUUUCUGUUAUUUUUAAUUUCAUGGUGAAGUUAUAAAAUAAAAAAUCUGAUUCUGCAAUAAAUGA